GUUGAAUUGCCCAUUGUUGGGGAUAGUGGUGGAGAGGUUUCGCUUGAGCCCCUCUUCUCCAGCAGCCAGGUUGCUGCAUUGUUAGGCCUCGCAGCCGGGAUUGAGUCUAUUGAGGUCUUCACUGACGGUUCUUUCGACGGUCGUAUCAGUUCUUGGGCCUUUGCCGCUAUAGCCCAGUCCAGUGCUGGUCGAUUCGUGUUCGCUUGGGCUCGUGGCUCUGUUCAGCUUCAAGGAUUUCCUUGGCACGUCGGUGCCACCGAACAUUCUGCCCUUAACGGAGAACGUAGUGCCCUUUUCUGGGCGGUAGGCUGGCUUUUUGGAGUUGACAGAUCCAUUUCGCGUUCGUUGCAUAGCGAUUGCCUUGUUGCGGCACGGCAGACCAGUGGAGACUGGGGUUCGCAGGAUCACGCUGCUUUCGCCGUUGCCUGCCGCUCACUUGCGCAAGCCCUUGAAGCUGCUGGCGGCCUAGUUGUCGAUGCCAUCUGCCAUGUUAAAGGACAUCAGGGGCACCCGUACAAUGAGCUUGUCGAUGUUUUGGCUGGGGCACAGCACCUUGACGACACGACUAUCGCCAGGCAUCUCUCUCCGCUUUGUGAGUGGGCUGAGCAGGGAAACCUCCCGUGGCUUUGGCUUUCCAUCUCUGCACUUUGCGCUCCGAAUAGGAUGAGGCUUCAGCCUUACCCAACCGCGUUCCUUUUAUUCGAGAACAGCUUGACAGUCUUGGAUGACCGUACUCCUGUAAAAUUUGAGGCACCCUGCGACUUCUUUUCGUUACUUGCCAUGCCCCUACUGCACAACAUCAGGCAGCGCCACCACGCAUCGGCAGUCUUGUCUGGGAAGCUGAGCAUGCUCCACCGGGACAGUUCUUUCGGCUCAUUGACCACCUUGAUCUUUGG